AUGAUGUUUUUCAUUAUCAUUUAUUGCUUGUUGGUAAAUUCAAUUGCUGCUUUAGGUUUUGGUAGAAAUCCUACAAAAGAUCCAUCAGAGGAUGAAUUUUAUAAUCCUCCAAAAGGGUUUGAGUCAAAACCAGUUGGGACCAUUUUGAGAUCAAGAGUAGAACCUGGUAGAUUGUCCAAUUUUCUUGUUCCAAUUAAUGUAGAUGGAGCAUGGCAAAUUUUAAUUAGAUCACAAGAUUCAUUAGAUGAACCUAAUGUUAUUGCAGCAACUAUAAUUAAACCAUAUAAUGCAGAUCCUGAGAAAUUAAUUAGUUAUCAGCCUUUUGAAGAUGGUAUUACUAGUAGAUGUGCUCCUUCAUAUGCUAUCCAAUUGGGUUCACCUUUUCAAGAUAUGGCCACUCAGCUUGAAAUGUUUAAUAUUGAUAUCUUAUUAAAUCAAGGAUAUUAUGUUGUAAUUCCAGAUUAUGAAGGUCCAGAUUCUGCAUUUGGUGCUGGAAAACAAGCGGGUUAUGCUAUUUUAAAUACUAUAAAAGCAACUUUAAGUUCCUCAAAGCUUACUGGUUUAGAUCCUGAUGCUAAUACGAUUAUUUACGGAUAUUCAGGUGGUGGAUUUCUGUCAGCUUGGGCAUCUAUGUUACAACCUAGUUAUGCACCAAAAUUGAAGAAAAAUUUAAUUGGUGCAGUUAUAGGUGGAAUGAUCGCAAACACACUGGCUAUGAUUGAAGUAAAUGAUGGAACUAUAUUUGCUGGUAUUAUUCCAAACGUAUUGAAUGGGCUAGCUCAUCAAUAUACUGAAUUACAAGAGUUCAUAAGACAAAAGCUCAAUCCAAAACAUGCUGAUAAAUUUUAUAAUACUAGUGAGUGUUUAUUUGAUGCAAUUGUGAAAUGGAUGUUAACAACAUUUUUCAGUGGACAUGAUCCAUUUUUCCCAGAUGGGAUUUCAAUACUUAAUUUAGAGCCAUUAAAGACAAUUUUGAAUGAUAACAAUAUAGUAGAUCAGUCUAUUAAUUUUGUUCCACAAAUACCAAUAUUUAUUUAUCAUGGCUCAUUAGAUAAAAUCUGUCCUGUAGAAGAUGCUCGUACUACUUUCAACAAUUGGUGUUCAUUAGGUCUAAAAUCUGGAGAAUUUUCAGAAGACAAAACAAGUGGUCAUUUUGUUCAAACAGUUAUUGGUACAUCACCAGCAGUGACUUGGAUAAUAGGUAGAAUGAAUGGCAAACCACCAGUAGAUGGAUGUACACAUAAAAAGAGAAUAACAUCAGUUGCUUACCCCAGGGCUUUUAAAUAUUCUUUGGGAUUUAUCAAAACUAUUAUAAAAGCAUUAGUAGGUUUUAGAUUAGGUCCAAAACUAAAAGAUGAUACGGUUGAUAAAUUUGAUAAUACAGAAAUUGCAAGUUUUAUGGAAUUAGGUGAAAAGCUAAAUAAUAUUGAUUUACAUGUUGUGUAG